GAUAAACAUAUGAUCUUCCUGCCAUCUUUAAUUUAUUAUUUAUUUCAAUCGUGUAAACAGCAAUUGAUGAUGUUAUGCAAUGGAUGAUUUUAAAGUAGAAUUCACGAUACCAUUUGCAACGGAAAGAGAAGCGGAUGUUGUUUAUCAAGUUCUUAAAGUAGACAAGGAACCUCCAAGAUCUGGUGUUAGUAAGAACAUAAAACAAAAAGAUAAUCUCUUACUAGUAUCAUUUUCUGGUACUGAAAUACGUAAAGUUCGUGUUGGUGUAACAUCUUUCUUUGACAGUUUAACUUUAGUUACAGAAACUAUACAACAAUUUGGACCACCGGAAUCUAUGUACAAUUAUUAUUAAUUAGUAAGACAUUUUUUUUUUUAGAAAUACAAAUGUUAUUUAUCUGCUCAUAUGGAAAA